GCAGAAUACGGCACACCGUUGUUCGUCUUUUCGGAAUCACGCAUCGAACACAAUAUUGCGCGUCUGCAAAAGGCUGAAUCCGUCAUUGAUGCCGAAUUAAAGGUUUGUUAUGCCGCGAAAGCCAACUCUUUGAUGGCAAUUUUGCGGACGGUAAAGGAUGCAGGGUGCGAUCUGGAAGUAAAUUCGGGCGGCGAACUCUGGAAGGCUUUAAAGGUCGGCUUUACGGGCGAACAACUCAUUUUCAACGGCACGAGCAAAGAAGUUUGGGAGCUUGAACUUGCCAUAAACUCUAACAUUUAUGCGAUUCAAGUCGAUUCG